AUGGAAAACAUCACCAAUCCUCCUUAUUUUAACCUCACCAUGUUCUUUAAAAUAGGUUAUUAUUGUUACCCAAUCUUUGUUUUGUGUUUCUUGGUUUAUGCUUUUAUUAUCUCUUCUAAUCUUUUCAUCAUUGUGGUAAUAGCACAAGAGAAAAGUCUACAUGAGCCCAUGUAUAUUUUUAUCAUGUGUCUCUCUCUUAAUUCUCUGUAUGGGUCUGCAGGAUUUUUCCUUAGAUUUCUUAGAGAUCUGCUGUCAGGCACUCAUUUGAUCUCACGGUCGGGCUGUUUCACUCAGAUUUAUGUCAUAUAUACCUAUGCCUCGUACGAGCUUACCAUUUUAAGCAUAAUGGCGUAUGAUCGGUAUGUGGCUGUGUGUCAGCCUCUGCAUUAUCACAGCAAGAUGAACCCCCGGAUGAUCUCUAAACUGCUUGCCUUGGCAUGGAUUUAUCCAGCUUUUCCUACUGCAGCCUGUAUUUAUCUUUCCUUGAGACUUCCACUGUGUGGCAAUAAGAUACCAAAGGUAUUCUGUGCCAACUGGCCUGUUGUGAAAUUGUCAUGCAUCUCCACUCAGCUCAAUAAUUUAGUUGGCAUGCUUGCCACCACAACUACAGUCUUUCUGCCCCUGGUUUUUAUCCUGUAUACAUAUUUACGAAUUUUCUUUGUUUGCAGGAGACACUCCUCAGAGUUCAAGAGAAAAGUCAUACAAAACUGUUUGCCACACAUUGUGACUUUUAUCACUUACUCUAUCACUGUUUUUUGUGAUAUUGUGCUCAGCAGAAUUGACCUAGAGGAGCUUAAUCCAUUUCUAGCCAUCGUUCUUUCACUUGAGUUUGUUGUGAUUCCUCCAAUCUUGAAUCCGCUUGUAUAUGGCUUAAAAUUACCAGAAAUUAGAAAACUCAUGUUGAGAAUGUUGUCUUGUUUGAAGUAG